AGUAUUUAUCUUUGGUCGUGCAUCUUGUGAAUGGCGAGGUGAUAAAGGUGCCUGUUUUGUCCUUGGGGGGGGUUGAAGGAGAGAAAGCUACUACAGAGAGGCCAGAACUUUGAUCCCAUUGAUGUGCUGCAGGAGGCUGUGCAGCUGAAACCCAAACCCAGUAACAUGUCAGACUUUGUGAACUAUUCUAAGCAUCAGUUGCUGACGCCAAGAUGAAGGGUGGGGGUUUCUGGGGGCACAUAUGCGCCUCCAUAAGAACUCCCAAUAGGAAUUGACGGCCACCACUAGCCUCAUCUGACAUGCAAGUCCCUUAAUGUUGGGCAAUAAAGCUGUUUAUAGCCCCUGUAUCACAGUUCACACCCCCGCAUGAUGUGGGAGUCUGCUGGGAUCCAUUUGUGGAUGUGUUUUUUAACGCUCCAGAGGGUUGUGAUGUAAAAAUGUUGCCGUCCAGUGUACCAGCGUGUGAGGCUUGGUGUGAAGGUAGAUUGCUAGGAGCUGUAGUGACCUUGGGACUGCUUACUGAGGGCAGGACAGAAUUCCUGAAGGGACACAUGGUCUAGAGUGACAAGGCCAUCUGCUGUAGCGCCAGCAGUAGGAGGAAGGUGGAGGGGGUCGGUGCUGAGAAUUCCUCUCACUGGGGUGUGGAGGGAGUAGAUAUUCUGGGAUAUCGCCACUAGCACUCUGGUGGGAAACGUGUUUCUUUGGCAUUUUUCAAGCGGAAAUCUUGGGGAGGAUUUUUUGAACGGGGGAUCAUCACACGGUUAAAUGGGGAAGGUAUUUUCCCAGCUCUCUCUGGUGAUAAUGGUCUUGCUCUGUUGCCGCUUUACUUCGGUGGAUCUGGUUUCCUCUACGUCUCAGCACAGCCGGAGCUGAGAGAGCGGGAUCCUGUAGGCCCUCUGGCUCCGACCCUCUCAGGAGGAUCAUCUUCAAGGGAUCUUCUUUGGAGUUGUACUGUGCAUGGCAAGGAUCUACUUUCUUGCUGCCUCACUGAAAUUGCAUGGCCUAAACGAAUGAAUAUUUUUAUGAGGCGCCUUGCACCAGAGAUGGGCCAGGACCAAACCAAGCAGCAGAUAGAAAAGGGCCUGAGGUUGUAUCAGUCCAACCAGACAGACAAAGCCCUGCAUGUGUGGACAAAAGUGCUGGAGAAGACCUCAGAUCCUGGGGGGAAGUUUCGGGUGUUGGGGUGCCUGAUUACAGCUCACUCAGAAAUGGGAAAAUAUAAAGAUAUGCUCAAGUACGCUCUUGAUCAAAUCGACACGGCCAGAGAGAUGGAGGACCCCGACUACCUGACGGAGGGAUACCUGAACUUGGCGCGCAGCAACGAGAAGCUGUGCGACUUCCAGAAGACGGUGUCCUACUGCAAGACCUGCUUAAACAUGCAGGGCACCACGGUCAGCCUGCAGCUCAACGGCCAGGUGUGCCUGAGCAUGGGCAACGCCUUCCUGGGCCUCAGCGUCUUCCAGAAAGCUUUGGAGAGCUACGAGAAGGCCCUGCGCUACGCACACAACAACGACGACAAGAUGCUGGAGUGCAGAGUGUGCUGCAGUCUGGGAAACAUCUAUGUGCAGCUGAAGGACUAUGAGAAAGCCCUGUUCUUCCCCUGCAAAGCAGCUGAGCUCGUCAAUGACUAUGGCAAAGGUUGGAGCCUCAAGUAUCGAGCCAUGAGCCAGUACCACAUGUCUGUCGCCUACAGGAAACUGGAGCGCCUGCCAGACGCCAUGGAAUGCUGUGAGGAAUCGAUGAAGAUUGCUCUGCAGCAUGGCGACCGUCCUCUGCAGGCUCUGUGCCUACUAAACUUUGCAGACAUACACCGCUGCAGGCGUGACGUUGAUAAAGCAUUCCCUCGCUACGAGUCUGCGCUGGCCAUCAUGACUGAGAUCGGAAACCGUCUUGGACAAACGCACGUCUAUGUGGGAGUGGCAAAGAGUUGGCUUGUGCAGAAAGAAUUUGACAAGGCUCUUGAUUCCCUGCAGCGAGCACAGGAAUUGGCUGAUGGAAUUGGAAACAAGCUAUGUACGCUGAAGGUCCACUGCCUGAGCGAAGGGAUUUAUCGCAGCCGGGGGCAGCAGGAGGAGCUCAGAGAGCAGGUGGUGAAGUUCCUGCAGUGUGUCGAGGAGCUGGAGCUCUACUGCGGCAUGUGUGGAGAGUCCAUCGGGGACAGGGACCAAAAACUGCAGGCCUUACCCUGUUCCCACAUCUUCCAUCUCAAGUGUCUGCAGACAAAUGGGACAAAGGGUUGUCCUAAAUGUUUCAAGUCCUCCAUGAAGCCUGGAUUCGUGUGAUUGUGAGACUGUGUUUGUGCGUUGGAUCUGCAGACACAGGGCGAAGCCUCGCAGGCUCCUGACUGAUCUGAGAGCAGCAGGCAGCCUCAGGAUGUGGCUGAAGAUGUUUGAGGAGUAAUAAUCCACUGCUCCGUGCACAGGAUGCUGAACUGAACCGAGAGUGUCGCAGAGUUCGUCUCUGAGGACACAAUCAAGGCGUCCACCUUUUUGAAAGACAUACGUCUCUCAUCAGAGUGAGGAGGUGUAACUGAGACUGUUACAUCUCCAUAUAAGCUGAAGAAGAAAGAACCUACACUGUCUCUGACGACUGGCCGUUUGUUGCAGAAGUUAAAUCAAGAGGAACAUGGACCGUUCGCAGAGCAUUUCUAACUUGUAUUUGCUAUUUAAUGCAUUAGAAUUGUUUAUUAAAGUCAGUGAUGACUCUUUAAUUUUAGUCACAGGGAUUGUUGUAUUUACCUUUUACGCAACAUACUCAACUGUUUUCAGAUUUAUUUUUUAUCACAACACAGAGCCAUUUCUGAAUUUACCUGAUUUCAUACAUGAUAUAUUUAUUAUUGUAUUCAUGUACAUACUAUUCUCAUGUUAAUUUGUUUUGAAAGUUUGAGGUGUUUUGUAAAACCUAAAAAAAAAAGAAAAAAAAAGGAAAAACUAAAAUCUCUUAACCAUUCAGAAACUAGUAUGUCUUUACAAAACAGGUUCAUGCAGCUGUUUUUUUCUCCUUAUUCAGCGAGAUUAAGGAGCAGGAUCAACACACAUUGUGUUCAUAGAAAUUCCUUUUCUGUCCAUUUCUGGAAAUGUUUAACUCUUAAGUGUGACAUCAACAUGAUUUUGUUGAGAAGGACACCUAUUGGGAAAGGGUCUUCUUUGACCAAUCACACUCAUCAAAUGAUUAUUUAGAGGAGUUACAUACAGUUUGUGUUAAUGUAGUGUUUUCGUAUUUGUAGUUGUAUGUAAAUAUUAAUUAAUGGUAAAAUCUCGAUAGUCAGAUUGAGAUGAUUUACUUGCUGAGGCAUUGUAAACCUGAGCACAUCAUUUAUUGUUGCAUGUUUUACUCACAAUGCAAAGCAAAACAAUUGGAUUACAUCAGAUUAUGUAUCCAUGAAACUGUGUAUUUACUUAUUUCAGUAUUGUUAAUUAUAGUAUUUCUUAAUA